GACGUGAACAACUUCUUCAAAACGGCUCCUGACCGAGGAUCCUUGAAUGGUCCGAUUCUGGAACCGCUCAACACAAGCGUAUUAAACCAGAUUCACGGCACGAAGGAGACUCGACAAGACGAUAGCUACUGGCUGGCGUCACUAGGAGGCGUGGGGCAGUCGCCUUUCGCACCUUCAGGAUAUCAAUUCUUCCGAAACGUGCGAGAUUUCGGUGCCGUUGGUGAUGGCGUGACCGAUGACACAGCAGCCAUCAACCGCGCAGCAGCAGCAUUCAGUGAGAGUGACCUAUUAACACUUCGCUGCGGUGAAGAUUGUGGCUCGACAACUACUCUAGGUGCUGUUGUGUAUUUUCCGCCGGGCACCUAUCUUAUCAGCACGCCCAUCAUCCAGUACUACUAUACCCAAUUUGUCGGGAACCCAUCCGAUAGGGCUGUGAUCAAAGGUACCUUUAACUUCACUGGCAUUGCCCUAGUUGAUUCCAACGUGUACAUUCCUGGUGGAAAUGGCGAUGAGUGGUAUAUUAACCAGAGCAACUUUCUUCGCCAAAUUCGAAACCUGGAGUUUGACAUGACGGGAAUGAAUUGGACCAACUAUGACAAUGACCAAGAGUACGUUCCUACUGGCGUUCAUUGGCAGGUGGGACAGGCCACCAGUAUCACAAACUGCCAUUUCCAGAUGGCCGUGUCAGAAGGUGCACAGCGAGCUACGGGAGUCGGCAUCUACAUGGAGAAUGGAAGUGGUGGUGGAGUUGCCGACAUAACAUUCUUCGGAGGAAACAUCGGCUUCCUUGCAGGCAGUCAGCAGUUCACUGCCAACAACCUGGUGUUUACUUCAUGUCUGACCGCCAUUUACCACGUUUGGAACUGGGGGUUCGUAUGGAAGAACAUCUAUGUGCUGUCCUGUUACAUCGCGCUCGACUGUACUGCCUACUCGGGCGGUCAAAACCAGGGCACGGGGUCCAUCACGGUGCUCGAUUCCCACUUCAACGGCGUACCAUACGCCAUUACUAUUGCCUCGAAUGGAGACGAACAGCCCAAUAUCGUGCUCGACAACCUCCUGGUUGAGAACUCAGAGUCCGUUGUUCUCAUCUCGGGAGGAGAUACGCUUCUUCAAGGAUCCUCAGGCCCGCUGUACUUCAACUCGUGGGCGAAUGGUAUUCAAGUCAGCUCAAGCGGUGCGUUCGGCAAACGGUCGGGGUUCGUGAAUCCUGCACCUAGGAAGCCAUCCUCUCUCCUAGACGGUAGUGGUGCCUAUUAUUCGCGAUCAAAGCCACAAUAUGCUGGGGCUUCGCCUGUAGUCGCCACGAAUAAUGGCAUCUCCAAUGACGGCACUGGAGAUCAGACUGAUGCCAUUAAUAGCCUCCUCGAGGGGAACGUGGGUUCAGUGAUCUUCUUUCCCAUGGGUGUCUACCUCGUCCGAGGAACUGUACACGUUCCUGUGGGAAGUAUCAUUGUCGGAUCAGGGUGGAGUCAGAUCAUGGGCACGGGUUCCUUCUUUGAGGACCAGGAAAACCCGCAGGUGAUGGUUCAGGUCGGCAAUGAGGGCGACUCUGGUGUCAUUGAGAUCAGUGACAUGAUGUUCACGGUCCAAGGCCCCACUGCCGGCGCUAUCUUAAUGGAAUGGAAUGUGCAUGAGAGCAGCCAAGGAAGUGCUGCCAUGUGGGAUAGCCACUUCCGAGUUGGUGGCGCCGAGGGAACAAAUCUUCAGCUGGAGGAUUGCCCAACACGUUCCGAUGUGAACCCAGACUGCAUGGCUGCAUCCCUUCUACUACAUAUCACAUCGGAUUCGUCAGGGUACUUCGACAACGUCUGGGCUUGGGUCGCUGACCAUGAUCUGGACAACCCGCUCAAUGCCGAAGCGUACAACAACGAAGAGGGCAUCCCUCUAAAUGUCCAGACACAGAUCUCCAUCUAUGCUGCCCGAGGAGUCCUCAUCGAAUCCCAGGGCCCAACGUGGCUCUACGGGACUUCGAGCGAGCACACGCAGAUGUACCAGUACCAACUACAGAAUGCGUCCAAUAUUUUUCUCGGCCACAUGCAGACGGAGACGCCAUACUACCAACCAAACCCCAGUGCUCUUGAGCCCUACGAGGCAGGGGUUGGUGGAUUUCCGUCUGAUCCAACCUUUGACAACUGCGCCGACGACAUUUGCCGGGGCGCCUGGGCUCUGCGAGUUCUCGAUUCGACCGACGUCUUCAUCUACGCUGCGGGAUUCUACUCCUUCUUCCAGGACAACCAGCUGGGCUGCACCACCGAAGAAGACUGCCAGCUGGCCCUGAUUGAGACCAAUUUUGCUUCCAGCCUAUGGAUCUAUAAUAUCUUCACCAAAGGCAACGUCGAGAUUGUCACGCCCAGGGGUGGACUCUCGCCGCUGCUGUUCAACUCGACCACCAAAAAUGGAUACACUAGCGAAAUCGCCGCAUGGCUAGCACUGUCUACUGAAGGGGAAAAUAUCGGCUCCGAGCCCGGCGACGGGUCCGGCAUCGUGAUCAUUGACCCGGAUCUCUGGUCGGGCGAGCCCGGGGAUCCAGCCACGGUGCAAUGCAGCCCGCCCUGCACCUAUGUCCUUCCACCAUUGACACUGACCGACGAGACAACCUUUGAGUUCCCACCCUUGACCACAUCCAUCACCAUGGGCUACAACUCGACUACCGUGUUCGAGGUAACCGGCUCGACCACGACGCGCACUAUCUAUCAGAUCACCAUCGUCACAACGACCAUCAGCAUCCCGCCAGUGACAACCUCGGUCAUCUCGUGGUUUGAGGAGACCGUGACGGUCAAUUCCACCAUCAUAUAUCCAAUCCCUAGUAUCGUCGGCCCGCCAUUCACCAUCACCGAGCCGACGAUCAUCAACGGCACCACAAUUCCGCCCGAUACCCGGACCUUCUGGCCGCCACCGUGGCCCGGCUUCUCAGAACCGGGAACGACGACGCCGACACCUACGACUGGCCCAACCUCGGUGCAUCAUACAAGUGGGCCCCCACGGCCGUCCUGCACGCACGUGACGGGCUGUGGAAGGCACUGUGGUGACAGUAUCUUGGACAUCUGCGUGCCCUGCUGGAUUGGCUGUGGAAUUGGGCCUCCAGGUGCGGCCAAUCUCCAUGUUUUCUUACGGAUAAUACGCAAGUGGCUCACCAGUGAACAGGUAUAA